GAAAUGUCCAGGAUCUGUUGCUGCUGGAUGUGGCUCCACUAUCCCUGGGCAUCGAGACAGCUGGUGGAGUCAUGACUGCCCUGAUUAAACGCAACACAACCAUCCCCACCAAACAGACACAGACAUUCACCACCUACUCCGACAACCAGCCUGGUGUCCUGAUCCAGGUGUAUGAGGGAGAGAGAGCCAUGACAAAAGACAACAACCUGCUUGGAAAAUUCGAGCUCACGGGAAUUCCACCGGCACCUCGUGGAGUCCCCCAGAUUGAAGUGACCUUUGACAUUGAUGCCAAUGGAAUCCUGAAUGUGUCAGCGGUGGACAAAAGCACCGGCAAAGAGAACAAGAUCACCAUCACCAAUGACAAGGGCAGACUGAGCAAGGAGGAGAUUGAGAGAAUGGUGCAGGAAGCAGACAAGUACAAAGGAGAAGAUGAUCUGCAGAGAGAGAAGAUUGCUGCCAAGAACUCCCUGGAGUCUUACGCCUUCAACAUGAAGAACAGCGUGGAAGACGAGAACCUGAAAGGCAAGAUCAGCGAAGAUGACAAGAAGAAAUGUAUUGAACAAUGUAAUCAGGCCAUUAACUGGCUAGAGAACAACCAGUUGGCUGAUAAGGAGGAGUACGAACAUCAGCUAAAAGAACUGGAGAAAGUCUGCAACCCAAUCAUUACAAAGCUCUACCAGGGAGGGAUGCCAGCUGGAGGCUGUGGAGCUCAGGCCCGUGCCAGUGCAGGGGCCGGUUCCCAGGGGCCCACUAUUGAAGAGGUGGAUUAACUGAAUUUAUGGACUAUAAAAAGUGGUACUUGUCUGUCAGAACUCACUUUUUUACAGAUGAAAUUGGAAUGAUUUAUCAUAAGUACCUGGUUAUGCAGGAACAUGACUGUGAGUGAAAGACC